AUGGCAAUGAUGGUGGAGAAAAUCUCUUCUGAAACCAUUAAGCCAUCCUCUCCAACUCCUAAUGAUCUUAGAAACUUCAAAAUCUGCCUCUUAGAUGAAUUGGCACCUCCCUCUUAUGUCCCAAUUCUUCUUCUCUAUUCUCCUUCUGCUGAUUUCAACAAUGGGGUCGCAGAUUAUUUUGAUGCUAUAUCAGAGAAGUUGAAGAAAUCAUUAUCUGAAACUCUCACUCGCUUUUACCCUUUGUGUGGAAAACUGGAAGGAAAUCUUUCUGUCGAAUGUAACGAUGAUGGAGCUCUCUUUGUUAAGGCUAAAGUGAAUAUUGCAGUAUCUGAAAUUGUAAAAAACCUAGAAACUGAUUUGCUGUAUCAGCUUUUUCCAUUUAAUCCUUACAAAGUGAGGCCGGACGGAGCUAGGGAAAAUGGAGAAGCAAUGAUCACAGGUGUUCAGGUUAAUCUUUUUGAGUGUGGAGGUGUAGGAAUUGGUGUUUGUGUUUCACAUAAGAUUGUAGAUGGUGCUGCAAUGGCUGCUUUCCUUAAUGCUUGGGCUGCUACUGCUACUGGCAUUGAUAAUACAAUUUCGCCUCGUUUGGAUGCUCAUAAGCUCUUCCCACCUAAAGGCAUAGAUAUAAUCAAACAAAGUGAUAUGAUUAGAAAUGAAAAAGUUAUAACUAAAAGAUUUGAAUUCGAUGCGAAAAGUUUAGCAAAUUUGAAAGAAAAGAUUAAAAAUGGUAAUUCUACCCGAGUAGAAGCUGUUACUGCACUCAUCUGGAAAUCUGCAAUGAAAGCUGUUAGACUAAACUCAGGAAAAGAUAAGCUUCCAUCAUCCAUUGCUACUCAUUUAAUCAACAUUCGAGAUCGGAUGGAUCCACCAUUACCUGGUUAUUCAUUAGGUAAUUUAUGGCGAUUAUCGCUCGCCCCAUGUGUUGAUGAAAAGAAAGAUGUGGAGUUACAAGAGUUAGUAAGUCUCCUUCGAAAAUCCAUUCGACGGGUUGAUAAUGAUUAUGUGAAUGAACUUCAAGGAGAUGGUGGGUUGUUAAAGGCUCUAGAACCUUUGAAAGAACUAAGACAGCUAGCUUUAGGUGGAGAAGGAGUGGAGGUUUAUACUUUUAGUAGCUGGGCAAGGUUUCCUCUUUAUGAGAUUGAUUUUGGAUGGGGGAAGCCAAGAAGAGUUUGUACAAUAACUGUGCCUGUCAGGAACUGUGUUAUUUUGAUGGGAACAAGAUCUGGUGAUGGAAUAGAGGCAUGGGUGACCUUGACUGAAAAAGACAUGGCCAAAUUUGAAAGCAGUGAAGAGCUACUUCAAUUUGUUUCAGGGAGUGCUUGAUCGUCCUUUGGUAUAAGCUAGCAAAUGUUUGCCUUUGGCUAUUGAUUUUCUAUCAUUUG